AUGACACCACACGAUGCCUUUGUCUUCGCUGUGUACCUCUUUGCCUUCCUGGCCGGCCUCCCAGCAAACCUCUUGGCCUUUUACACCUUCAUGGCAAAAGUGCGGAAGAAGCCGGCUCCGAUAGACAUCCUUUUGUUCAACUUGACUGUGUCCGACGUCAUCCUGCUGCUCUUCCUCCCCUUCAAGAUGGCGGAGGCUGCCUCAGGCAUGACGUGGCCUCUCCCAGCCUUCCUCUGCCCGCUCACUGGCUUCUGCUACCACAGCAGUGUUUACAUCAGCUCCCUUUUCCUCACAGCCAUCAGUGUGGAACGCUAUUUGGGAGUGGCCUACCCGAUCAAGUACAAGUUGAGUCGCCGGCCAGUCUACACAAUAGUGGCCAGCUUUUUUUUCUGGUUGCUUGCCUGUUCCCACUGCAGCAUUGUCUACAUUGUGCAGUACCAUGUGCCGGACGUCAAUGAGACGGACCCCAACCCAGCUAAUGUCUCCAAAUGCUACGAGAAGUUCUCCUCCAGUCAACUCCAAGUUCUCCUCCCCGUCAGGCUGGCAGCCAGCAUUACCCUCUUCCUCAUCCCUUUCUUCGUCUCCCUCUUCUGCUAUGUCAACUUAAUCCGUAUCUUGACUUCAUUGCCCAAAAUCCAGGCUCGCAGAAGACAACGGGCCGUGGGGCUAGCAGUGGCCACGUUGCUCAAUUUUGCCAUCUGUUUCGCACCGUACAACAUCUCCCACAUUGUUAGCUUCAUUCAGAACAAGAACCCCUCCUGGAGAGUUUAUUCCUUGCUCUUCAGCACUCUCAAUGCUUCCUUAGAUCCGGCAAUCUUCUAUUUCUCUUCCACCGCCAUCCAGCAAACCUUUGCCAGCUGCUUUGCUGCUGUGGGCUGCAAGCUUCAGGCGUGGAUACCAUCCUGUUACCAGCUUUGUGGUGAGGUUGAGAGAGAGGGCAGUGGAGCCAACAAGUCCUCUUUGUCCAACAGGGAGAGUGUGAGGUAG